GCCAAGCCCCUGCACGCUUUUCUCCUCUUGGUUGGCUGUUCUCCAAUCUCUAUUGACUGUUUACCUAUCUUUCCCAAGCCUCCGACUCUGGUUCCAUCAGACCCUAUCGCUCAGUAAUCGCCAUGCCUCUGAACGUCGUUCGAGGUGGAGGCGGUGCCCUUCGGAGCCUCUAUCUCAAUGCCGUCUCUCGCCCCUUCCGCGUGGCCAUCUCCCAGCAUCAUGUCCGGCGCGUGUGCCUUGCGACCCAUCGUGGCUCCUUGAAGCCUAUCGCCGGAGCUGUCCCUGCCUCGGGUAUUCUAUCGCGACAGCUUGUCAACACUUACGCGACCGCCAGUGAAGACAAGACCGACAAGAAAAAGACGACGACGAAGAAGAAGGCGGAGACGACGAAGGCGAAGAAGACCACCAAAGCUGCCUCGAAGAAGACUACGCCAGCGGAGACCCCCAAAAAGACCCGGAACUCGAAGCGAUUGACCGAGAAGGAAAAGGAAGCCAAACAGGCGAAGGAGCUGAGAGAGAGGAUCAAGGAGCUCAAGGCGCUCGCGCUGGAUCCGCCCGCAGUUAGCAAAAACAACCCGUGGACCCUCAUGUUAGCUAGCAAGCUUCCCGAGACCCAAAAGGUUCACCACAAGCCCUCGGAAGCAUUCCAGGAAGCUGCCAGGCUUGCCAGGAAUAUCAGCCAGGAAGAGAAAGACCGCUUUACGGCUAUCGCCCAAUCUAACAGAGAAGAAGAUCUGGCCAAAUACGAGAAAUGGGUCAAGUCGCACUCCCCCGUUGAGAUCCGGAAUGCCAACCGUGCCCGACGAACGCUUACCCGGCUGCUGGCAAACGGUCGCCGCACCUCCCGCUUCAAUCUGCUAGAGGAUGAUCGGUUGGUCAAGCGCCCCAAGACGCCUUUCGUCUUUUACUACCAAGAAAGAACCGGGGCUGGGGAUUUCAAGCACAUGCAACUCCCAGACAUGAUGCGUCUCAUUAGGGAGGAAUACAAUGGCCUGACACCCUCCGAAAAGCAGAAAUAUGAACGGCUUCACGAGGAUGAUAAGGCACGCUAUCAUAGGGAGAUCCAGGAUGUCUAUGGCGAGACGUCCAGGACCAAGUUCGAGUGAAUGGUUCGAAGGCGAUGUCAUGCGCCUGCAGUGAUUUAAUGCUCCUUGUUUAUGGAUAUGGGGACGGCUGUAAUGGUGCUCAAUGGGAGUCGCCUUUUUUAAAGAAAUUGGAAGAAGUGUGCCAUGUCGACACAUACCGCACCCUCGUGCCCCUAUGUUUUAUGCACCCCCUUUUGUUUGGUUCAGUACUGUCAUACUCCACGAAUUGUAUUCUUUAGCCAUCUUGCGUGAAAGCCGAAUCAAUCGGUCAGCUUGCCAUCAUACGUAAUCCCUCAUGCUGGAUGGCGGUGUGUAUCCCUUGGAGGGGGAAAUUCUUCCGGAAUAACCAUCGGAAGUAGCG